UGAACUAAGGUCUUAUGGGUUUGGAGCAACGUGAGGGUGAGUAAUUAAUGACAGAAUUUUAUCCAGCAUGUUUUGUGGUGUAGCCAGCAGGGGCGCUACGAUUAAUUAUGACACACCUGAAGCCACUCAAGUUAUUAUUCCCCACAUCUGCUUUAAAACAGAUUUAACAUCAUUAAUGUUGAGGACAUGAGCGACAUUAUGAGACACCUUAAUCAAACCAAUAAUAUCAAAUCCCAAAGUUAAUAUAGUGCUGAGAAAAAAAAAAAUGUCCUCACGUCAGGUUAUAGGCUACCCACAGCUCGAACAUCGCUGAUUAUCCGAUACUACAUGUAUUUUACAGUGCUAUUCUUGUUUUUACAAUUAACACCUGCUGAUGAGGUGCUAGAGGACGCGCCUAGAUCUCCUUUGAAAUCAAAUCUGGUUGAGAUGUUACUGUGAAGCGCGGCUGCGCUGGCGUCACUGUUCCUGCCACCCAUCUACCACACUCACAAUACCACAGCGCUUCUCCAACCCUUAUCGUCUUUUAUGACCAACUUAUCGCUUUUAAAAUCUAACAUAACUAAAGCUAAUAAAGUAAAUUGAUAAAGACUUAAAACUCCAAUAAAAACAAACUGUUUUAACUGGUUUAAGUAGUCUAAGUUGCUUACGCAAACACCUAAUAAACUGGUACUUUAAUUGAAUAAGAAAGAAGGUAGGCUGGCAUUGAGGUAACACUGCAUUUUUGCCCGGAUCUACGAAGUUAUAUGUAAAACCUUCAGUAAAAAAAAAAAAAAUCGCCUCUUCUAUGAUAAACGUUUCAUUAAAAGACUAAAGUUAUUGAAAAAGAAAACUCUGGCAUAAAUAUCAUGCAAUUUAACCAUUUUAUGAAAAAGCACAUUUUGUUCAGGUCAAAUGGGAAACCUAUUUUUUUGUAGAAAAAGGCAUCCUUAUUUCCUUUCUAAAUCACAAGGCGAAGAGCUUAACACAGUCAGUGACAGCACAGGCUAAUGAACUGCACCUGAGCUUCUGUGAGCGACUAGUCAAAAUGGAUCAUCUGUGCAGCAAGUGUUUGUGCUUUGCAUCUCCACAAGAAGGGAGCAUCGAGGUCGCUCACGCAGCAAUGAACCCUUGCCAGCUUUUUGCAUCGUUGGUGAUGUCUAUGUGCUGUCACAUACUGUCGACAACAGCAUGGUCGGUGAAUAACUUCCUGAUGACAGGACCAAAGGCUUACCUCACAUACACCAGCAGUGUGCAGGCAGGGGCUCAGGUUGGUCUUGAAGAGUGCAAACAUCAGUUUGCAUGGGACAGGUGGAAGUGUCCGGAAAGCGCACUGCAGUUAUCUACACAUAACGGCCUGCGGAGUGCCACCAGAGAGACUGCUUUCGUUCAUGCCAUAAGUGCUGCUGGAGUUAUGUACACUUUGACAAAGAACUGCAGCAUGGGGGACUUCGAGAACUGUGGCUGUGACGACUCCAAAAUAGGAAAAAUGGGUGGUCGUGGUUGGGUUUGGGGAGGCUGCAGUGACAAUGUUGACUUUGGAGAAAGAAUCGCUAAACAAUUUGUGGACGCGCUGGAAAAUGGUCACGACUCUCGCGCUGCAGUAAAUCUGCACAACAACGAGGCUGGACGACUCGCUGUCAAAGCAACACUCAAAAGGACCUGUAAGUGUCAUGGUGUGUCUGGAAGCUGCAGUAUUCAGACAUGUUGGAUGCAGCUUGCUGAGUUCAGAGAUAUCGGCACCUAUCUGAAAAUCAAGCAUGAUCAAGCACAGAAGCUGGAGAUGGACAAAAUUCGGAUGAGGGCAGGUAACAGCGCGGAUAAUCGUGGCGCAAUCGCAGACACGUUCAGUACCGUUGCGCGCACAGAACUCAUUUACAUGGAAGAUUCUCCAGACUACUGCGUGAAAAACCUAAGCCUGGGACUACAUGGAACAGAAGGCAGGGAAUGCCUACAAAGCGGGAAGAAUCUUUCACAGUGGGAGAAGAGAAGCUGCAGGCGGCUCUGCCACGAAUGUGGUCUGAAAGUAGAGGAGAGGAGGAUAGAGACUGUGAGCAGCUGUAACUGUAAAUUUCACUGGUGUUGCACAGUCAAAUGCGAAACAUGCACUCAGACUGUAACCAAAUAUUUUUGCGCAAAAAGGCACAAAAACCGUCGGCCGCACAAUUCACGUAAAAGACAACAUUCGCGUAAUAGAUGAACUCAAAUAUAUUAAGUUGUAUAUUUCCAAUGUAAAUAUAUUUUAUAUGAAAUGUUAAGAUAUGCUGCUUUUUACUACUGUAUAUUAUUCUGCACAUACGGAAAAAUGUCAGUUCGAACCCCUAAGACACAAGGGCUUCCUCGUUCCCACUGUCAAUUUUGAUCCCAUACUAAGUUCUAAUUUCACGUUCACGUAGACCUAUGUUCAUUUGCACUUUUUCGUUGUUGACCUUAGAUCACAUAUUUACUUACAAAUAUGUUUAUUUUGAAUAUUUGCACCAUGUUUUUUUUUUUUUUUUCCUCUCUGGCACAGAUCACUUGACAGUGUGUAGCCUAAUGUAUCACAAGGGGCUUGAAGUGUUGCUUUUAUGGAACUUAUUGAAGGCAGUUAUUUUUUUAACUAUCACAUUGUUAUUAUUUUUAAACUAUUACAUUCUGUAUAUAUAUAUUAAAUUUACUUAUUUUGUCGUGGGAAGCAAAUUAAAUAUUUAAAACAAAA